CCAUAAUAUUGGAAAUAGAAGAAUCAAAACAUUAUAUAAACCAAGUUUUAGUACAAGCUUUGCAAUUCAAUCAGAAGAACUAAGAAAGUGAGAAAAAAUGGCUUCAAUGAUUUCCUCUUCAGCUGUGACAACAGUUAACCGCGCCUCUAAGGUGCAAUCCGCCGCAGUGGCUCCAUUCAUCGGCCUCAAAUCCAUGGCUGGAUUCCCAGUUAAGAAGGUCAACACUGACAUUACUUCCAUUGCAAGCAAUGGUGGAAGAGUACACUGCAUGCAGGUGUGGCCUCCAAUUGGAAAGAAGAAGUUUGAGACACUUUCAUAUUUGCCACCAUUGACCAGAGAGCAAUUGUUGAAAGAAGUUGAGUACCUUCUCAGGAAGGGAUGGGUUCCAUGCUUGGAAUUUGAGUUGGAGAAAGGUUUCGUGUACCGUGAGCACAACAAGUCACCAGGAUACUAUGAUGGAAGAUACUGGACAAUGUGGAAGCUUCCUAUGUUUGGUACCACUGAUGCUUCUCAAGUCUUGAAGGAGCUUGAUGAAGUUAUUGCGGCUUACCCCGAAGCUUUCGUCCGUAUCAUCGGUUUCGACAACGUUCGUCAAGUUCAGUGCAUCAGUUUCAUUGCACACACACCAAAUUCCUACUAAGUUUGAGUGUUAUGGCACUGGAAAAACUGUUUUUCUUCUAUCAUUUGUUCUGCUUGUAAUUUCCCGUGUUUUUUCGGUUUUUGCUUUCGGACUGUAAAGUGCAAAUAGAUGGAUAAGAGUUAAUCAAUGAUAUGGUCCUUUUAUUCAUUCUCAAA